AUGGGCGUGGAGUCACUGCGGGCAGUAUGUCAGAUGGUGUUUGAGAGUAAACAGGUAUAAAAUAUAUAGCACAUAUAUAGCACAUAUACAUAGUUUUCAUCUCAAAAGGUCGGUCGGUCAGGUCAGUUACAUUAAUAUUUAUACCUGUUUUCCAUGAAUGCCAUGUCUAUCGAAUGCCACUACCGCUUGUUUCAUCCAAGAGGAAUCACCAUGGUGGCCUCCUGAUAAUUCCUCUUGGAUGAAACAGGUAGGCUAUAUUGAAAAGUUAGAAAAGCAGUUCUUUUCCUCUAUAGAAUUGAGAUCGGGGGUCUCAUGCAUUUUGCGUGUAUGUGUGGCUUCUUCCUGUCGUAGAUUGACAUAUACGACAGAAAGAAGCUACACAUAUAUGCAGAAUAAGAGCCACGAUCAAAUUUAGAGAUGAAAAGAAUGAACUAGCAGCCUAUUCGUUCGAUAAGCUGAUAGCAAACUCGACAAACGUAUGAUUUCUUCAGCCAAUUUGCAUUAAAUUUAGUAACUAUCCAUUUUCAUACUAUGUACUCCUUGUCUGGUAAUAAUCCAUGCAAAUUCCAUUUUUCCAAGUGUUCUAAAUAAAUUGUUUCUCUCUUUAGUUUUCUCUUCCCUUCUUUGCAGAUCUAUCUGGAAUGUGACACGGCCGAUGACGGAAUACCAUUUGCGCAUUAUGAUCGCUAUCAACGUGCCCUCGUGAACAUAUGGCUUGAAGACAACCAAGGUGUCUUGGAAAACCUCACUGUAAAACUGGCAUCAGCCGGAUAUAUGAUGUCGUUUUACAAGAAGGGGAUAAAUCAACCAAUCAACGCAGCCAUGUGGGAAGCGAUAAAACACAAAGCAGGCAUGUUCAAUUUGCCCAAGGACGUUUUCCUGCACCCCUUUCAUCUGUGGGACCUACGCAAGGGCUGGACUGAUUUGGGCUCUUGCCCAGUCGACUACAAAGCUUUCGCGCAAAUUACCAACGCCCCACAACACCCAGAGAGUGUGUGGAAAGAGGGCCAAGCAAGCGUGGACGAAGAACGAGAGCUCAAUAAAGUUGUCCAGCUAUCCAAUAAAACCGCGCACACAGAGUUCAACGAGCACCAGUGGAAGGAAAUCGAAAACGAUAUACUGAAAGAGUGUGACGGCGCGUAUAAAGUCGAGAAAAACCAGCUAGUCGUCAUUGCCAGACGAGAGGUCAAAGCGAGGAACCUUGCCCAUGAGGUAUUUGCAUCAUACGGGUCGCUGAGGGAAUACUGA